AUGACACCUUACGAAGCUCUAUAUGGGAGAAAGUGUAGGACUCCUAUAUGCUGGGAUGAUGUAACUAGGACCAGAAAUGGUGGAGGAGACUACAAAGAAGACAAAGGAAGGAGAGCAUUAGAGUUUGAAGUAGGUGAAAAAGUUUUGCUCAAAGUGUCACCAGCCAAGGGUGUCAUGAGAUUUGGUAAGAAGGGUAAGUUGAGUCCUCGUUUUAUAAGUCCUUAUGAAGUAUUGGAACGAAUUGGGGAAGUAGCCUAUAGAUUAGCCUUACCUAUGAACCUAGCCAAAGUCCACAAUGUCUUCCAUGUAUCCCAACUCCGAAAAUAUGUCCAUGACCCUUCCCAUAUCAUACAACCUGAAACCAUUGAACUUGAUAAAACCCUUACCUUUGAAAAAGAACCAAUAAAAACCCUUGAUACCAAAACAAGAUGUACCCGGAACAAGGAAAUUACAUGGACGAACCAACAAACCGAAGAAGCCACAUGGGAAACCGAAGUUGACAUGAGAAAGCGGUACCCCGAACUUUUCGAACAGAUUGUUGAUGGGAUUUGA